CCUGGUGCAGCCAAUUAAUCCCUGUGUUUGAGAGGCCAGCUGCAAGUGGUAGGGAGAAGGCACUUCCUGGUGUGGUCGGCAUCUGAGCAGGUGUUGGGAUGUUGGGCUGGGUCCAGAGGGUGCUGCCUCAGCCCCCUGGGACCCCUCAGAAGACCAAGAUGGAGGAGGAGGGGGCAGAACCGGGGCCAGAGCCUGUGCUGGAGGUGGAGCUGGAACCCAAGCCGGAGCCUGAAACAGCCCCCCAGGAGGCCAAGCUUGAGGAGAAGCCCCUGCCACCCCAGGAGAUGUUCGAAGUGGAAGAAGUAGCUGCAGCUGACCCAGGCUCUCAGGACAUACAGGAGGCUGCCUCUAUUCCACCCACAUCUCUCCAGGCCCAGGUUGCUGUGGUUCCUGAAGUGAACAGUCCCAGUGGCUGGGUGCUGACCUGGCUCAGGAAGGGUGUGGAGAAGGUCAUCCCGCAGCCCGUUCACAGUGGCUUGGAGGGCGCCGCUCAGCAGGCAGGAGCACAGAUCCUUGGGCACUGCAGCACUGGGGACUCAGAUGGACCCAAUGAGGCCCCUAGGGCUCAGGAUACUGGGCCCGGGCCCUGGCUGCUCAGGUGGUUUGAACAGAAUCUAGAGAAAGUGCUACCUCAGCCUCCGAAAACUUCUGAGGGCUGCAGAGAUGGACCUGCAGAUGCUGCCUUGGGCCCAGAGCCCCCAGGACCACCCUUGGAAAUGGAGCCCAUGCUGCAGGCCCCAGAGAGUCCCUCCCUGCCCACCCCGGGGCCCUUGGAGCCGGAGAAGGAGCUGACCCCAGAGCCCCAGCCUGACUUCCAGGCGUCCUCCCUGCUGUCCCCGAGGGACCCUGCCAGGUUGGUGGCAUGGCUUCUGCACAGACUGGAGAUGGCCCUGCCACAGCCAGUGCUCCGUGGGGAGGCUGGGGAGCAGGAGCCUGAUUCCCCUGUGACAUGUGACGUGCAGACUAUCAGCAUCCUUCCUGGAAUGCCAGAGGAGCCAGAUCUUGUUCUAGAAGAGGUUGACCCUUGCUGGGAGGAGGACGAGCAUCAGGAUGGCAGCACCAGCCGGCAGGCCUCAGAGGCAGCUCCAGCUUAUGAAGAGGAGAACGAGGCUGGGGGAGAGAUGCCCAGGGAACUGCCCCAGAUCCAAGAGGAGGAAGAAGAAGAGGAAGAGGAGGAGGAGCUUGAUGUCCUGCUGGAUAGCUGUCUGGUGACACAGGCUGGUGAAGACCCAAACGGUGUAGGCGGGACUGAGCCCCGGAGGGCCUCAUACCAGCGUGGAGACCACCUCCCUGGAUGCCUCAGAAGGUGGGAAGGCAGGGUCUGGCCGGCUGGGCAGGAGGAGGCCGUGGCCACCAGCUCAGAAGUGCCUGCCACAAAAGAGCACCCGGAAGUGCAGGUGGAAUAUGCGGGUGCUGACAGCCACCCGCUCAUCGUGGAGGACAACCCACCCUCACCCCAGCGGCCACCACCUUCUCCUGCCAAAGUCGACACCCUCACGGUCCCGGGAUCCACUGAGGGGACCCACAGGAAGAGGCUACCCUCCCAAGAAGAAGAAGCUGAAGAGCUAAAGGUGCCAUCACCAGCUGAGACCCCUGUGGUCGCCUGGUCGGAUACCCCCACCCCGCAGGGCUCUGAUAGCCAGGACCGGGCAUCGUCCACGGCCAGCCAGAACAGUGCCAUCAUCAACGACCGGCUGCAGGAGCUGGUGAAGCUUUUCAAGGAGCGGACGGAGAAGGUGAAAGAGAAGCUCAUCGACCCCGAUGUCACCUCCGACGAGGAGAGCCCUAAGCCCUCCCCAGCCAAGAAAGCCCCAGAGCCGGCCCCGGACACAAAGCCGGCUGCGGUGCGGCCCGUGGAGGAAGAGCACUAUUGUGACAUGCUCUGCUGCAAGUUCAAAAGCCGCCCCUGGAAGAAGCACCAGUUCCCCCAGAGCAUCGACCCGCUGACCAGUGAGUGCUGGGUGGGCAAUGCUACCACUUCCCUUUCCUCUUCUCUCUCUAGUUACGUUCGCUGUUACUACUGGGCUGUGAAGACCCUCAUCACCAUUGGCGGGCUGCCCGACCCCAAGACACUCUUUGAAAUUGUCUUCCAGCUGCUGAACUAUUUCACCGGUGUCUUCGCUUUCUCCGUGAUGAUUGGACAGAUGAGAGACGUGGUGGGGGCUGCCACCGCAGGCCAGACUUACUACCGCAGCUGCAUGGACAGCACAGUGAAGUACAUGAACUCCUACAAGAUCCCCAGGUCCGUGCAGAACCGUGUCAAGACCUGGUACGAGUACACCUGGCACUCCCAAGGCAUGCUGGAUGAGUCAGAGCUGAUGGUACAGCUUCCGGACAAGAUGCGGCUAGACCUCGCCAUCGAUGUGAACUAUGACAUUGUCAGCAAAGUGGCGCUCUUCCAGGGCUGUGACCGACAGAUGAUCUUUGACAUGCUGAAGCGGCUUCGCUCUGUUGUCUACCUGCCCAACGACUAUGUGUGCAAGAAGGGGGAGAUAGGCCGAGAGAUGUACAUCAUCCAGGCGGGACAGGUGCAGGUCUUGGGUGGCCCCGAUGGGAAGUCUGUGCUGGUGAUGCUGAAAGCUGGAUCUGUGUUUGGAGAAAUAAGCUUGCUGGCUGUUGGGGGCGGAAAUCGGCGCACAGCCAACGUGGUGGCCCACGGGUUUACCAACCUUUUCAUUCUGGAUAAGAAGGACCUGAAUGAAAUUUUGGUGCAUUAUCCUGAGUCUCAGAAGUUACUCCGGAAGAAGGCCAGGCGCAUGCUGAGAAAUCACAACAAGCCCAAGGAGAAGAGCGUGCUCAUCCUGCCUCCCCGGGCCGGCACCCCCAAGCUCUUCAACGCCGCCCUGGCUGCAGCAGGGAAGAUGGGUGCCAAGGGGGCCAAAGGUGGCAAGCUGGCCCACCUCAGGGCUCGACUUAAAGAACUGGCCGCGCUGGAGGCGGCUGCAAAACAGCAACGGUUGCUGGAACAGGCCAAGAGCCCGGAAGAAGCCGCGGGAGAGGCGAGCUCGGCCACUGGCGACCAGCCCGCAUCCCAGGAGCCCCGGGACCCAGGCUCUCCACCACCUGCUUCCCCCAAGGGUCCCCAGGGAAACGCAGAGGGAGCAGCCGUGCCUGAGGAGCACUCGGUGCGGAUCCGCAUGAGCCCUGGCCCAGACCCAGGCGAACAGAUCCUGUCGGUGGAGAUCCCCGAGGAAAAAAAGGAGGCCGAGUGAGGUGUCCACGUGCACCCGCUCACCAGCGGCCAAGACGAGGUCCGCAGUGGUGGCCUCAGUAGCGCUCAGAUAACCGGCGCGCCAACAUUCCUGCCCUGAUAUCGCUUCCCCCAGGGGCUGGUCUUGAAAUCAGCCAGUUUCCUAGUGUUCAUGUCCCUAGCUUCCCACUGUUAUUUGAGGACCCUACCUCCCCGACUCUUACUACUUUUAAGAAGAAAAUUCUUUUCUAUUUUGAAAGUUCAUAGGCAGGGGAUAGAACCGGGCUUUAGCACUGUGGAGCGUUUUGUUAGGUACCUGGAGUUUCCCUUCUGGAAUGUGUCUCCCACGUUUCAAGGACAGAAAACUUUUCAGUAGAAAAGCGGGCAGUUGUGCUGUCCGUUUGACCCACUGGGAAUCAGGCAAAUGUGAUCCUAUCCUCAGAUGUUAUUUUUCGUUCCUGGGCAAUCACAAUAGGAACACGGUACGUUAAGGUGGUUAGCGCAUACCUUCCCUAGACUUUAUUCAGUUCCAGGUCAAUGCCAUUAUCCCAGAAUAGAUAAAAUGGACAUGGACGAUUAGCCAUGGGCUGUGAGAGUUUCUGAGCAUCUCCUCUGCCAGUCACCCAACUCUCAUAUGCAGGGAUUAAUCUACUAUUUGCUUUUGGUGCCCUUGCUAUAGAGAUGAUGGUAGCAACUUAGAUGAAUCCUAGAUGAAAUCUGACAGCUGACACCACUGAAGUUCCUGGAGUUUCUGCAGAGUGUCAUGCUGCUUUUAUAAUUCAAAAAAAGGUGUGUGGGGGGAGGGGAAGAGUGAUUCAGUCAAUGGUUAUUUAUUGAGAGGAUUUGAUCUACAUAUGGAAUGGCUCUGGGGGGAGUGGGUGAUUAAAAACAAAAACUAGGGCCUGCCAAGUGGCACGUUGGUUAAGAACUGGCUUGGGACGCCAGAGGGCCCCGGU